ACAGCCACGCGGUCUGGCAGGGAGACUGCAGGAUGAAUGAUGUGUUCUCUAGUUGCGCAGUUUUCAGCUUGCACAACUGUCCACGGUGCUCCGCUCCGUAGGAAAGAACCAGACAGUUUUGGCCCCCUUGGGGAGCUGAGUGGGUAAGGGUACAGCGAGUGCCGGGGGUUUAUAGGUGCUGGUGUCAAGAGGAACAGGCUGUACCCUCCAGGAGGACGCCACAUGGUCGCGGUUAGCAGUUUGCCAUCCGGUGUUGUCUCGAGACGGUUGUCCGACUGCAGAGAGCAGCUGCCGAGCUGUUAGCUGUCCGUCUACCUGGGACGGGGUGGGGAAAACCACCGGCACACCCCACAGACACAUCAAACUCUGUGGAUACAGAUAAUGGCAAAGGCGGAGCGGGAGGGCCAUUUCCGGAGCUGGCUGGCAGCGCGCUCCGGAGGUAGAGGACACAGUGUUCUAGGUCUCAGUGAGGACUUGUCCCAUUGCGGAGCCUGGUCCCACCGGCCGGGCACAACAACAAUCGCCUGGUGGUUGCGGCUGUCUGGAUGAGUCACCUUGCCCACAGUGAGCCGUGCUCGAUGUUAUCAGCAGCCCCACUUGCUUAAUUCCUGGGUGACAUCACCCGCCUCCGUCCCCUCCUUCUCGGCAGUGAAGCCUGCAGCCUGGCACAUCCUGGAAGGGACGCCUUGCACAGCCCUUGCCAGGAGCCACCGAGCCAGGUAAACAAGCAUUCAGCCAUUCUCAACGAUGGCCUACUUUCUGCCUAGGUCCUCAGUUUACCUCCGAGAGGUGCUGUCUGGCAUGACGUUGCCCCCACUCUCUUGGGCAGGGCAGCUAACUGCCCCCACAGUCACCCAUGGGCCCAGAGUCCUGCUCCCGAGUGCCGCCCAGGGCAGGCCUGGUUGCCCCAGAGCCUCUGGCAUGGCCUACAGUGUCCCUGGGCCUCCCAGGUCCACACAGGGCCCCUGAUCCCCCCCACACACCAUUUCCCCCCUUCUGCCCAGGUCUUAGCACCUUGCUGGGAGCCAAGAAGCCCUGUCCUCUCACUCCUGAGUGCUGGCCCUUGCUCAGUGCACAUGAAGCUGCCCUGGUGACACAGGUGCCCCGAGGCUGGCUCUGGCUAGAAGGAAAGGUUGUCAGCAACUCCUUCCCAUCAGCAACGAGCCAGAGCCAGAGGGUGAGGCCGGUGUGGAGAGCAGGCGGUGAGAAGCCGACUGGGGCGGGGCCUCGUUGGCCCCAGGGCACGGCUCUUCAGUGUCAGCACUGGACAGGGGAGGGAGAGGUUUCAAGUGACAGCAGUCGCUUGCAUUCUAGGUAUUCGAUCAGAAGGAAUUCUUCCCCAGAAGGAAAAAACCACAGGAGCCAAAGAACCCACCGAGGAGUCACACUCAGGCCCUGUCCGAUGAGGAGAGCAGGUGGCCGAGCUCCUGGAGGGCCAGGCUGCAAAGCCACUGCCUUGCCGCUCAGCAGAGUCAGCCUGGAGUCACGCUGGUCUCCGGGCAGCCAAGCCUCACUGCACUCUGGGCUCUCCUCCAUCAGCUUUACUUACAGAGCGGAGUUCACAGCAGCACCCCCGCAAGAUGCACGUCUGGAGGACUUCCUCUUGAGACCCAGCACCAUCUACUCCAGUGUCAGGACCACAGCAGUGACGUGCUCAGGACCACAGGGAGUGAGAUGCCGACCUGAUGUGCUGGUGAACCUGAGUCUGGGCUCCAGAACCAAGAUUCCAUCCACCCUGCCCUGCUGCUGCCCAGCACAUGUAUAACCUCAGUCUUCUUCUCCACAAAAUGGGCACACUAAUUGUUUCUUCCUUCUCCUCACCAGAGGAGUGGAAAAAGUACAGGGUGAGACUGGAAAGUUGUGGGGAGCUGGAGACUGUUGGAUACAUGCCAGGAUGGCAGACAAAACCUAAGGCACAGGGAGGCCUUACCACGUGGCGGGCCACCUCCCUCCUAGUCCCCAGUGCCUGAGUCCACAGCGCCCCCUGCUGGCGAGCUAUACAGAAGCUCCCUGUGGGCGCACCCGCAGCACACUGCUUUACCCCGCUGUCGCUGAGAAGGAGUCCAUGUUCUCAGGCUGAGCAGGCAGAGGGUGAACGGUGCCCAGGCAUCAGGAAACCUAGACCUGGGAGGGGGAGCAGGGCUUCACCUCAGAAGGGCAUUCCCUAGACUAAGAGUGCACCGUGCUUCUGGGCCCCCUGAAAUCUUGGCGGAGGCUAGCGAUCUCCAAACCCAGAAGCCACCCUGUGUCUUUGGAGGCUGCAUGGUCAAUGAGAAGCAGGGCAAACCUUGGGACACCAGGCUGGCCCCUUUGCCCCUCGUGUUCCCUUUACCCACCCAUGGGCAGUGGCUUUGUUACUGCCUCGGUCUCCUUGGCCUGAAUCUGUGUUGAGUGCUACAGAUUCAGGGGGACCAAGUCCUUCCUGUGCCAACCCCCCGAGGCCUCAGACAUGCCACUGUCUUCCCCAUCGGCUCCCACCCCCCUUCUAUCUGGAGUCUGCUAAGGAGGCAGCCACGGUGAACAUGUGCAGCACAGGAGAACAUUCAGCCCGAUCCCUGGGAACCCCCCAUGAACCUCAGUCUGUGCCUAUGUAGGGCUGGGGCUCCAGGACGCCUCCUCCAGGAAGCCUUCCUUGAGGUACUCUGCCUCUGCUCUUUCCUGACUCCAGGCUUUUGCAGGAUCUGCCGGCAGGCGCUGCUUUGUGCCGCACAUAUUUAUCUUAUCUAUCCCCAUAGAAGCUCCAGGCCUCCCGAGGGAAGGUUUAUGUCACUUGCUCACCAGGAGGCAGAUGUCUGUGCUUCUUUACAUCUUCAUAAAUCUGCCCUUGGGAGCCACUGACAAUGUCUGAAAGUAAUUUUGAUGGGAUGGGGAAGUGGGUAACACUAGGAUCUAGUGGGUGGAUGUUAGGGAUCUGUAAUAGCCCUAACACAGCCCAGAACAGCCUCCUGCCCCCAGCCCAAGAUUAUCCAGUCUUAAAUGUCGAUGUGCCCAGGGUGAGAAACCCUGAUUUAAAUGAAUGCGUGGAUUAGGUAUUAAUAUUGUGAUGAGCAGCAAUGGCUGCUAUAGGAGAGUUGCUCGUUCUAUUGAGGGGGAGGCCAAGUACCAGCAGGUGGACACUGGUUUCUCUUUCCUGCCUCCUAUGCAGUCCCAGGAGCCUUGCACACCUUUUCUGGGCUGGAGGAGGGGCCAGGGCCUGUGUGGAGUCCAGGGUGAAGGGGGCCUCUGUGCGGACCCUUUGGGAGCAGCGGGUGCCUUGGCUGGUGUGUGUGAUGAGGCUGGAGAAGCUUCUUUCAGUCCCGAUGGUCGCAGAGUUCUCUGACAUGCAUGGGCAUUUCUCCUCUGCUGAUGGCAGGACCCUUGGCAGGGCUGAGGGUGGAGCCCUGACUUCCACCCGCUUUGCCAGAUAUGGGGGGGGGGUCACUGUGGCCGUAACUGCCCUCCCUGGGAAAGGCUGGAAGAACAAGAAGGCUUUGACAGGCUCCAUCAAAGCUCCUGCAUCCCCUGGGGACUGACUGGGUGGGUGGGGGUACAAAGAGCUUCCAGCUGGGGAUAGCUGCUGGCCAGGCCCCAGUGCAGAGGUGGAGGCUGCAAAGGGUGUCCCCUUUUGGCUGGGGUUAAGAAUGUCCCAGAGGCUGGUCACCCCAAGAGAGCCCUCUGGAGGCUUUUCAGGGCCUUUCCUGCCCCCUUCCUGGGUGGGCUCAAGUGGCCAAGGGCUCCGGGCAGCUGAGUGAAAAACCCUUUCAUUGUGAGGGGCUUGAUGUCCACCCCCAGGGACACAGGUCUGAAAGGGCAGGACAGGCAGAUCCUUCUAAUCCAGAGGAGUCUGCUCUCCAGUCAGCCAGAGACUCCCAGCAUGCUUCACUCAGCACAGAGCUGCCCUCUCAGAGGCGAUCCGUGCCCAGAGUCUGAGGUUGGCCCGGGGAAGGAUGGAGCUCAGGGGACCCUUGAGCUGGCUGGAAAGCCAUGAGAUCUGCAUCGUGUGUGGUUUCCACAAUGGGAAGGAGCUCUGUGCACCCUUGGCCCAUGACCUCGGGCUGCUUAGCACAUAUUUUGGAGUUAGGCAGCCCCAGACCAGAUGCUUCAAUAGGUUCCUAGGAUUCCUUUAUAUCCUUUGAGCAUCAGUUUGCUCAUCCAUAAAUGGGUAUAUUGCUUUUAGUCUGACAUGAAAACAAAGAUCUAUUGGACGUUGGUUUUUAAUUCAUUUGUAGCUUGCAGAAAGCACAGUUGGGAGAAACUUGGGGUUCCCCUGGAAAUCACAGGUGUGCGAUGGCUGCGGGUGCAGCUGAAACUGGCUGUGACCCUGUUACCUUCAGGGAGCGUGAGUACACGUAAGUGCAUGUGGCAGUGUGAGCGUACAGGGGUAUGAUUUGGUUCUGUCUGGCUGCGUGCUUGUCUGGCUUGUCUGAGGGACCCAGGCGGGGCAGGAGGGUCCUCAAUAUGGGCAGUGUGUGCCUUGUGGGCAUGGCUCUGGUCCAGCAUCUGAGGUCCUGGGUCUGCAUUCUGGGCUUCCCCGCCUCACUCUUCCUCGUGCUGAGUGUGCCUGUGCUGUCUGGUGUGUGUGGUGUGCCUGGCCUUUGGGUCCUUUCCAUCAGUGUCUCUACAGGUUGAUAUGUGGGAGCUGAGGUUAAGCCAUGGACCCUAGCGGGGUGGCUUUGAAGACUGCCCAGGCUUCCUGCCCAGGCAGGCUGGGGUGGGAGGCCAUACUUGGAAAUAACCAGAGACCAGAGGUGAACGAAGCUGCCUGAAGUUAUAGUCCUAAUUUAAAUCAGAGCUAGAGGGGUCUUACCGUUCCCCGUUAAUUUUCUCACUGUACACUUGGGGUCUGAGACUGGCACUGUGGGCUGCCAGGGGUCAGGGCUGCUGUUGGGGGACAGGCAGGAGCUGUAGAAGAACCCCAUCUAUGGUCAGCUGCAGCCAGGCCUCUUCAAAACUGACCCUAGAGGUAAGAGCCUGAAAAACAAUGCAACAAUUUUCAGUAUACAUAUGUCACAAAUGUUGCAUGGAACAUUUUGCACUAAAAAGUUACUCAUAAUUUUUCUGGAAUUCAAAUGUAACUAGAUACCCUAUAUUCCUAUUUCUGAGGUCUGCCAACAUCUCCCCAAAUGGACCAAGAGGCUGAGAGAAGUGGGGAGAGUCUGGCUGUGUCCCACCCCAGGCCUGCCAACCCAAGUCAGCCUGUCAGGAAAAAGCCCACUUCCAGAAGCUUCCUCACGCCUCCCUUUCCCUGCAUCUCAUGAAUGUUCCUUGGGGUCCAUCUGAGCUGGGGCCAGGAGACCCAAACUCUACCUGGUAGAUCCACCUCAUCUCACUCAGUAGACUCGAGUGGUGGCCAGGGAAACUCCAUGAGGCCUGGAAGGCAGACUGGCCAGUGACCUCUUUUCUACUCACACACUGGUUGGUUUGCAGAGCCUCUGGUCUCUGCUGGUCAAGAGCCUCUAUUGUGAUGAGUCAAACAUGCCUUUUCCCAAGUCAUACCCGAUGACUAUUGGCUACGCAGCCUGUUUGCCCAUCAAGAGGACACCAGAAGUGUAACGAUAGUGAGGGCGCUCUGGGGGGGGCCUGGCGACCCAUGCUGGAAACUCGAGACCUCCAGGACUCGACCUUCCGUGCACCCUGCCCCUCCAGAGCCUGUGGACUCUUCUCAGACUGAUGCGUUCAAAGAUGUGAGACCAAGUCAGGACUGCGUAAGACACCAGGGACACUAAAACACAGACUCUAAACAUCACGGAACCAAUUCUAUGCUCCUUCCAAAGCUCUUCCAUGGUGCCCAUUUGACAGUGGUCAUGGAUAAUAAAGGGUAUUUUAAAGGAUUUGCGGUAACUCUGAAA